CCGACAGUCUUUGCCUUUAGCACGAAGUCCAUGACCUUGAAUGGAUUUGGAGGUUAGAGGAGUGAGUUCCUCCCCUGGGAGACAGGCUCGGCUGUUCUCUGGAAGGAGGAGACCAUCACAACAGGGCGGGACUCCUAGGUCAGGGGCAGUCCGGAAUCCCCGUCCGCCUGUGGUCCCGCCACUUGAUUUGAGAAGCCUUGUUGGCUCUGAUGAUGAGGAACAGGAAAAUUUGCCAGCACCAACCAGCAAACAUGAGCUAAAAUAUGAACAGUCUAAAACUGAAAUGAAAGAGGGUCACAUACAGGAUAAUCAGAGAAAUGGAGGAAAGAGAAAAUCAAAUAUCACACAUCAACAGUCUCCAAGAAACAGCAUAGACGAACAGCAUAGUACACAAAGUGCGGAAGCAAGUAAGGAGGACCUCACAACUCUGGACAGGAAGGCCCUGGUGCAGCAUGGCUACGUGGACGGCCCUUUCCCCGCGCAGCUCAGGGCAAGGAAAUUGCAUGCAGAGCCCAAGCUGCCUGAAGAUGGAGUCCACUGGCCUCUAGGAACCCUGGUGAUUGCUGUUUCAGACGUGUCGCAAAGUGGUGGCCCACAAGCUGUGAGAACUUGGACAUGGACGGCCUCAGUAACAAAGCAUUAUGGAGUUACCUGGGCUGUAAUCAGUGAUCCAGGACAAAAUACAAACAUUGAGAAACAAGGAAACGCUCAGAUGUCUCCAGACGCAAAGACACCACCUCUGCGACUCAGGAAGAGAACACUGCAUGAGACAAAGAUUAGAACCCACUCUACAUUAACCGAAAAUGUGCUUUCUCAUAAAGUACAAUUUGACGGUAGGAUCAUAUCAAGAAAUGGACGUGAUGCCUGCAGAGAGCUGAUUGGGUUCUUUUUUACUCAUGAUUGGUCCCUUACGGUAUAUGAAUACCGACAAUUUGGAAAAAAUAGAACGAAUGUGCUUCCAUUUAUUCCAAAAAAUGUUUAUAGUCAUCAGUGUGGACGAAGAAAAGGAAAACAAUACCAAGUUGAUGACUUUUAUGUUGGUGCAACCUUGACAUUUUUGAGCUCUGAUCAUCCAAGUCUUCCACAAAGCAUAAAAGAAUAUCUAUUAGUUAGACUUCGAAUCAUCAAUAUUGAUCAAAUAGCUUUGGACUCUGUGAACACUGCAUCCGUGUCACUCGAGGAGGAAGUAGUUACUCAAGAAGCCAAUGACAGGCUGGUCUUCAGGGCCAUUCAAGAGGCUCUAAAAGAAAAACUGCAGAAAACAGGUGUUCGAAUUUUGACUGCGUUAGGAAAAUACUUUCAACAGUUGGACAAGGAAGGACACGGGCUUUUAAAGAAAGCAGAUUUUAAGCAAGCUUUGAAUGUAUUUCACCUAGAAGUGCCUGAAGAGGAUUUUGAGUCUUCGUGGGUAAUUCUGAAUGACACCAGCUGUGGAAAAGACCAAGUUGAUUAUGGAGAAUUUAGACGUGCCAUUUUUGGUGAAAUGAAUGAAUAUAGGAAAUCAUUUGUUCGAAAGGCCUUUAUGAAACUAGAUUUUAGUAAAACUGGGAAUGUGCUUAUUACGAACAUAAGCAAAUGUUAUUGUGCAAAGAAGCAUCCUCAAGUUAUUUCAGGAGAUGUGGUGUUUGGGCAUCUGACCACAAGAAGGCCAGGCAUGGAGACAUCUGAUGGGCUCAAGAUGGGCUCUUCCUCGACCUGGACACCUACACCUCAGGGCCGCCUCCACCAGGCAUGA